AGAGCCACACACGAAAAAUAUAAUUAAACAAAGUGUUGAAUUCUGAGGUCAAAGGUCAGUGUGUCAGUCACAUGCUCGAAACCAGGAAAUGAAGAAGUGAUAUGAAUCCAGUGACUUCCCUCAUCUUUGCAGCAGAGCAGGAACAAAGCUUUUUGGACUUCAGUGAACUGACUUAUCAAGGAUGAUAAGAAACCAAGUGGAAGACUUGCUCUCCACAGUGCAGGAUUGUCAAAAUGGAAUCUCUAUGGAGAUCUUCCUGCAUCUUUCACUCAUACCAGCAUAAACUCAAAGAACCCACAACACCGACAAGAGAAAAAAAGAAUGAAUCAAAGGACAAGACACAGCUGGGCAGGGCAGGAAAAACACAAGGGAACCAGAUGUUGAUUGCAGCGGUGCUUUCAUUCCUCCAGAAGAGGGCCCAGGGACUGGCCUGCGAUCACAAACUGCCCUUUCUGGGGGGACGAUUUGCUAUUGUGGUGCCUUUGGAUACUAUAGGAAGCCUGAGCAAUCGCUGGUCCUAUGGGUUUGCAUUUGGUGCCGUGUCCUCAAGCGUCUUGCUACUCUUCUCUGAACGUUACAUCCCCUUCAUUGUGCCAUCCUGGGCCCGAGCUAUAGUGUAUCUGGUUGGAGCUUUAGAGGUGGGCGUGGUCUAUUUUCCUUUCUUUGCCUGUCUGUCCACACCUUUCCGAACAACUGGUGCAGUGCUGGGAAUACUCUACUCUCUGUCCUGGAUAAUCGUCACAGUCUGGGAUACAUUCACCUGUCCAGAUGGCAUGAUGUUGGGUAAAUACCAGAAGUUAAUUAUCCAGUGGCCCUGCAUCCUUUCCCUCAUCUUCCUCUUGGGACGAUUUGUCUACAUACUAGUAAAAGCAAUUUGUAUACACCUGCAAGUGAAACAGGAGGACACUGAGGAGCUAAAUGAGCAUCACCAGGUGCAGCAUGUUAAAAGACUGCUGUGCAAAACAUCUUUACACAGUAAGCCUCUCAGCUGGUUCCAGAGAAGAGUGUAUGAGUGGGAUCCCUACUUCAAGUUCCCCAACAGGAUCAUCGGCACCGUCAUUGUAUCCCUUAUAGGCCUAUACACGAUGACCCUGGCAGACUACAGCCUCAGUGAUUUGACUUUUGAUCAAGUUGACAAGUGGAAGGAUACACUUAAACACCUGGUUAUUUCCUGUAAUGAGACUGAAGCUCUGGGAGUCCUGAUACCACAGCUGGAAGAGUUCAUCCACGUGGCUAGGAAGUCUUGGUUGGCAACCACCAUCCUUGCUAGUCUCAACUCUGUAGCCUACUGUCUCCAUGUCUUGGCAUGUUACAGGAAACACUUGAAGAGGCUGUGGAAAGGGCAGAAGGGUUUUCUUCCUGAAAAGUUUCACAACCCUAGCUCUGCUGUCAGCGUAGCUUCCAUUGCAAGAUACUCUGGUUGGCAAAUAGCAUUUACACUUUGGGGCUACCUGAUUGUCCAUUUUGUCCACUUCCUGUUUGCUCUACUUUUGGUAUAUGGGCUGAUUCUUCCUAUAAUGCAUGGAAGAGCACUGAGCAUGCUCCACAACCUGGGGCUUAUAGUUCUGACCAUGAGUUUGGUCAUUGCCCUGGUCAUUCUCCAGAUAGUUCUGGUUCAGAUCUUCUUCCUUCAGGACAAAAUGUCUCCGACUGAUAAACAAAAACCUCUAGCUAUCAAUAACAGAAAGGCGUUCCAUUGCUUCAACUACUUCUUCUUUUUCUACAACGUGGUGAUGGGGAUCGGUAACUGCAUUAUGAGGUUGCUUAACAGCAUUGUGGUGGGAACAUGGCUAGUGUCCCGCUUAGACCGAACCAUCAUGCAGAGAGGAUAUGAAACCAUGGAUCCCGGCUAUGCUACUUGGAUUGGGAUGAUUUUUGCUGACCACCAUCAUAACAAUCCAGUCAUGGUGUGUUUCUGCCAGCUGCUGGUCUCCAACACAUGCGAGAGACACGCUGUGUCUGCAUACUCCACAUUCAGCAACGUGCAAUCAGAAUCCCUUGUGAACAGCCGGGCCAGGAGGCGUUGGAUAUUGUUUUAUACCUUACUGAGGAACCCUCAUUUAAUUCUGCUAAGAAAACGCAACCUCAGCUCAUCUUCAUCAGACACAGUCGUGCAGGCUUGUGUCAUGGCUUCUCAAUCAAAGAGCAGCCUAGCAGAGUCACAGUCAUCACCAGAGAUCAUAGUCACACCAGCAGAGGACUGAUGAAGGAACAAUUCUAUACAUUAGGAUAAAGUUAAUAAAAUACAUGUGUAAGAGCCAAAGAUGUUGUUAAUUUAUUUUAAAUGAAAAUAAGUUUAAUGAUGGAUCCAAAAGUUGUAUAAGCAAUUCUUUGGCAUUUUCAAAUUUUCCUUUUCAAAGACCACCAUUUAAAAAGCAGCACUAAUAUUUGAUACAUUUUAAGUAAGUUAUUAUUAUUAAAUGGGAUUAGGUCAACUUUUCUAUCAGCACAGAAGGAGACUCCGUUAUUAAGGAUUUACUCAUGUUGGAUUUGAUACAGAGAUUGAGUGUUUUGAUGCUGAGCUUUGUACUGCUCUAAAAUGUUUUAUCAAUAUCUUAAAACCUACAUUAUAUUUAUAUUAUAAUAUAUUACCAAGAGUAAUGUAAUGAAAUUGGUUAUACAUGUGUUUGCAUAGCCUCUGUACUAUACUGAUUUUGAUGUGUUUUUAUGUUGAAUUGUGUGAUGAUACAAUUUGUAGGAAUACAUUAGGUAUGAAAACAAGCUUCUUGUUUGAGUUGUAAAUAUCUGGUAAUUGUACAAACAAAAGUUAUGAGUUGGAAAUAAAACACUAAUUGUAAA